AUGUACUUCAUUAUUAUAUUAUUAUCUUGCCUUAUACUAGAUACGUGUGAAGCCAAGUAUUCGUCGAAAAAGCCCAACAGAAAAGCACAGAACGUUGUUAACAAUAAGUUGAGCCACUCCAAUGAAACCAAACCACUUUUGAUGUAUGACUUUGCAGUCACGAACUACGAUUUCAAUGAAGUGAAUUACACAAACAGAUGGGAAUGCUAUGGCAAUGUAGACAACGCCAACAUUAGAAUUUUGGGAUUGAACAGAAACACAAGAUGUUAUGUAACAACGACUUUUAUGUUCAACACAAUUGGUGAUAAGAAAUACAGUCGGUGUGGGACACAAAUCUUGAUCACUGGACCUUCUCAAAAGACCGUUAUAU